CUUGGGCUGAGAGCUACUGUUGCUUAGCAGCUUGGUCAGGAAGCAGCGGGAGACGUCGCCGUACUCGAUAGAAACUUUUGCAAGCUACAAUAUGCCACAGAGCGUUCUUUUAAAUGGACCUUCACCUUGGGGGUUCAGACUCGUAGGAGGAAAGGAUUUUAGUACGCCUCUAACAAUUUCAAGGAUAACUCCAGGAAGCAAAGCCGCUCAAGCUGACCUAUGUCCUGGUGAUAUCAUCCUUGCAAUUAAUGGUGUUAAUACAGAAAGCAUGACACAUAUGGAUGCCCAGAACAAGAUUAAAGCAUGCACAGACCAACUGUUGCUGUCUGUUAACAGGGGUGAAGGAAAGAGUUGGUCUCCAACUGUAAUAGAAGAUGGAAAAAGAAAUCAAUUAAAAGAUAACGUGGAGCCUGAACUUCAGGAGUUUACAGACAUUCCAAGUGGACAAAACAGAAGACCACCCCCAUUUUCACCUGAGAGAUUCUUGAGUAAUGGCAGUUCUAAAGUGAAUCUACAAUACAAUAAUCCUAAAGGACUGUACUCUGAUAGCAACACAGACAACAGCUUGCCUAGGCAAAUUGGGAGCCUUAGUAUUGGUUCACCUCACAGUCCGGAGCCAUCACUAUUUUCUCCAAGUUACAGAAAUGGUGUUGACACUGAAUCAGAUGUCUACAAGAUGCUUCAGGAUCAUGAAGUACCAGUUUCAGAGCCAAAGCAAUCUGGGUCCUUCAGAUACCUGCAGGGUAUCCUUGAGGCUGAAGAUGGUGGUGAAAGACCAGAGAGACCUUCUGGCCCUAAGAAUAUAAAAUCUCCAGUGUCAAAACUUGGCAGCAUGGUGCCUGGUUUACAGAAGCUCCCACAGUGUACCAGGUGUGGGAAUGGAAUUGUUGGCACCAUUGUAAAAGCAAGAGACAAGCUUUAUCACCCUGAGUGUUUCAUGUGCAGUGAUUGUGGACUGAAUCUUAAGCAGCGAGGCUAUUUCUUCAUUGAAGAAGAGCUGUACUGUGAGACACAUGCAAAGGAGAGAGUUAAGCCUCCAGAAGGAUAUGAUGUUGUGGCAGUGUACCCCAACUCCAAAGUGGAACUUGUUUAAACAAAUGUAUUUUCCCCAUCAUCGUUGUUUCCUUUUUAAUAUUACUUUUUGAUUUUUUUUCUACAUAAAAUAUUUGUUAAUUUCAACAAAGAAAAAAAGACUUUCCUGCUCUAGAUUUUUACUCUUUUAAGCUACAGUAUACAGUUUUGUUGGUAAAUUAUCUUCAGUGCUUUUUUGUUUAAUAUUUAAAUCCAGUCAGAGCACCAUGUGUAAUUGUUAUUAACAAAACAUGCAUAAAAUGUCUGGUAAUAUCUUGUGAUCGCUAUUUUGUAUCAGAAUUAGCUAAUUUACUUUACUUUUACACAUUACCAACUAUUUUCAUACAAAUAACAUGUACCCUUGUCAGUCCUGGUUAAAAAAAUCAUGGUUUGUUUUUUUUUCAGUUUAAUGUCUUUGUAAAUCUGUGAGCAGUGGUUAGCGAUAAGAGUUUCUACACUAAAUGUCAACACAAUAUCACAACUUCUUUAUAAUAAACACUGGUGUUUAGAACUGCUGUCUGUACUAAUUCCAUUCAGAUUAAACAAAUAGUGUAUGCAUAAAAUAUUGUAUGUUUUGCCAAUGAAAAUAAGUGUUGUUGUGCCAGGUUUAAUAAAGUAUAGGAUUACAGUCAA